CUGCUUUAAUGAUGUAAUGGUUCCACUGUACCACUAACAAGGUGCAUGCCAGAGCACUAACACUAAGCUGGGGUACAGGUAGAAUCUACCUGAUCUCUUUAAACAGAAUACUCACCUAUGGAGGACAGACAGACUGAUGCUCCCCCCUUGUAUGACUCCGUGGUGAAUCAGAACACGUCUCCACCUUCAUAUCCGAGUCUUCAGGUGUUGUCGGCUACCCAAAUCCAAUCGUACUACAUACCUCAGCCAAUCCCACAAAUGCCUGCUCCCUGUGUAGUUGAGACAAUCUCAACACAGAGAAGGCAUGUUCGCACAUACAGGAGUAAAAGGUGUUGCUUUGGAGGGUUGGGUGGUUCUGCUUUUCUAGUAGUGCUGCUUAUAAUUGCAGCCUGGCUGGGAGUGCGUUAUGGGUCAUCAUUAUGGACUCUCUCAGGCAAAGAUAAGGAAACAGACAUAUGCCCCCCCUCAUCGGUCAACUGUGAUGGCAAGAGAGACUGUUCUCUAGGCAGUGAUGAAUCUCGCUGUGUACGGUUUGGAACAGCAAAUGAAUUGCAGGUCAUGACCUCUAAGGCCGGUAGCUUCCUUCCUGUCUGUGCACAAGGCUGGAGUAAAAACAUAGCUGACCAAACCUGCCAACAGCUUGGCUUCAGACAGAGUUAUGCUGUAGAUGUCUUGAAAAGCAACUCAUCUGUCUUUCAAAGCAUGAACAAUCAGUUUUCAAACACUAUCCAAGGAAGCGUUAAUAUCAGUUUGUCCUGUCCUCUUCAGCAGACUGUGUCCCUGAGGUGUUGUGACUGUGGAAGGCCACCUGUCUCCACCAGGAUCAUAGGAGGAGAUAUGGCGGCUGAGGGUCAGUGGCCGUGGCAGGCCAGCCUGCAUUUCCGUGGGCAUCACACAUGUGGAGGAACUCUGGUGGCUCCAGACUUCAUCAUUACAGCUGCUCACUGCUUCUCCCAAGAAAAAUCUGACUAUCUGUUGCCUAGUAACUGGAAAGUGUAUAUUGGUAUGGUGUCCCAGCUCAAACUUCCCAGUUUGUAUAAUGUCAAGAAAAUUACCAUACAUGAGAAUUACGACCCAGACACAAAAAACAAUGACAUUGCCUUGCUAAUACUCAACAGACCUGUCAGUAACGUUCAGCCUGCCUGUUUGCCUGUGUUUGGACAGACCUUUUCUCCAGGCAGCAAGUGCUGGACCACUGGUUUUGGAGUUACACGUGAAGGGGAUGAUAGUGGUUCCAUUAUUUUGAUGCAGGUUGCAGUAGGCUUGAUAGACUUAGUUGUUUGUAACAAACCUGCUGUUUACAAUGGACUAAUAACUGAGAAUAUGCAGUGUGCUGGAGAUCUUAUAGGAGGGAAAGACUCCUGCCAGGGAGAUAGUGGGGGUCCAUUGGUGUGUAAGGCUGAUGAUCGUUGGUAUCUCACUGGUGUAACAAGUUGGGGAGAUGGCUGUGGAAAGAUAAACCGUCCAGGUAUCUAUAGUAACGUAGGACGCCUUUUAACGUGGAUACAUGGCAAGAUGCAGCAAGAGCGACAAUGAACCUUUCUCAAUCAUGAAGGGCAAAAUCUUGUAUUCUGCUUUGCUGCUUUGUGUACACAUCACAGGCAAACUUUUGUAUUCUAAUUUUUAUAAACAAAUGAAGCAAUACAGUUGAUGUGCACUUUUUAACAGUAAAUAUUAAUUUAUGUUAUAAAGAUAUAAAUUCACUAUUACAUUUUUGAAAUUCCAUCUGUUAUAAUAAUUGUAUCAAUAGUUACAUUUCUAAAUGGUUGACAUAUAUUUAUUAAAUUAUGAAAAGUAUCACACGCAAUGAAAAUGUUUGUUGGCAACAUAUGAAUCGUCUCAACAACCCUAACCAAACAAAUACAGACAAAUAACACAAUGGACUUGGUGUUGUAUAGCAAUAUAGAGUAUAUAAAGUUGCAUUUUACAAGUUUAUAUCCAAGUUUAAAUAUAUAUUUAUAUAUAUAUAAGGUACAUGAGCUGAUAAAAUUGUGCCCUUGCUGUGAGCUAGGGAUCUAACCUUAGGUUGCUCCAUGGGGAAUGUCCCUGUAAAAGGUGAAAUGUCAUGCCCUUUGAAGAAAAGCAUUGGCUGAAUGAUGAAUAUUUUGAUGAAGGAUGAAUAUGUGAACUUGUUCUGGCAUGAUGACAUAAAUAUGAAUGUAUGUUUUUUGACAUUAAACUGUUUUUAGUCCUAUUAGACAAACUAAAAAAGGCAAGUUUCAAUUUUAUUUUAUGUAUCAUAUUUGAUAAAUUAGGCUUUAAAUGUCAUUAUCCUACUGAGGCCCAGCAUUUCAUUUUUAUGUAGGACAUUUAAGUUUGUGACACCAGAGACACCAAAUGUUUGAGAGUUUGUCCAUGACAACAAAUUUAUCACAGUUCAAUUCAACACAUCAAAUACAACAUUAAUAAAAUAUUUUUUCAAUAAGCAAUUUUUAUAAUAUGUAUUUUAUGCACCAAAUACUAUAUUGACAUUUAAAAAAUUUAAUUAUGAGAUAUUUAUAAUCACAGAGCAGGCUGAAUAUUUGAAAAUAUACAGACAUAUUAGUUCAUACUUAAGGCAACACUGUCGCGUCACAGCAAGAAUGUCACCGGUUCGAGUCCCGGCUCACCCAGGGCCUUUCUGUUUGGAGUUGGCAUGUUCUCCCCGUGUUUCCUCCAAAAGUCCAAUAACAUGCAGGUUAAGUGAAUUGGAAACUCUAAAUUGCCUGUAGGUGUGAGUGAGAGUGUGAAUAUGUGUGGAUGAGUGUGAAUCCAGGAUGUUUCCCUACCUUCGGCCCGAGACAGCUGGAAUAGAUCUCAGCACUACCCCGACCCUACAUAGUACAAACGGAUAUAGAAUAUGGGUAGAUGGAUGGUUCACACUUUAAAUAUAUAUUAAAAAUGUGUCUGAAUUUUCAAAACUCUUUGAUUUAUUUAAUUUUUUUGUGGGGAUGAAUGGAAUGGAUAUGUAAAGCCUGGUGUUGUCAGAGGGUGAGGGGAGACAAAGGGACCCAAACGCAGAGGGAAACAGUUCAAUGAGUUUGUUAACAACAGUCUUGUAAAUGAGGGCAGGCACUGGAUGCAGUGAGCAGAGUCAAAAGCAAUAGCUGUUCAGCGGGCUAAGGAAUGAGUGUGUGUGCGUUGUGGAGGUCAGGAGCAAUCCGAAGAGAGUCCAUUGAAGCUGGUGUGGUGUGAAGCAAAGCCCAGGCAAGAUUCUCCCUUGACACGCGGGCAGAGACCGAGGAAUCCUCCUCCAAGGGAACUGGGCAACUAUAUGGGCGAAGGUGAAGGCGCCGGUGACCACACCUCUAGAGACAGACAACCAACAGACACACGAACAAUCUCCAACUAAACAAGAGAGCACAGUUAACACUUGACAGAAAACAAUAAACUGGCAAAGAAAGAGGGAAAACACAAGGAAUGAGUGGUGAGCGCAGUUAAUGAGAAGCAGGUGUAAUGGGCGAGUAAAUCAUUUCCAUGUUCAGU